AUGGUUGCCUUGCGCAAUGCUCGUGUUCGGCGCUAUGUCCUUCUUUGCCAUUUCUUCUGCUUUUGGCAUUUCGCAGCGCGAACCUUACAGUUCUCUGCCCUGCCGCCGAAUUCAAAGCUGUUGAAGGACGUGGAGCACAAUGAGGUGCCAAGCUGGAUUCGGGAGCAAAUAUGCGACUUGGAGUAUGAUGAAGACAUCGCCAACAAGGUGGUAAAUGCACUGUCCGUUUUUCCAAGAAAGGUGCUGACGGAAAUGUCGUAUGAAAACAUAGCACUCGUUUUGACAGAAGCCCAGAUCGACGAGAGCGUUGUGCGACCAGUAGCAAUGGGUCUGUCCAACCGCAUUCAGAAGGGCAUUACCCAACCACAACCCGUUUCUCGGCAAAGAUUGGUUUCAGUUGUUGCCCGAGUUCGUUGUGUUUUGUUUCUCGCUGAUGUGAGACAGCGUUUAUGUUUCUGUGGCUGCUUUGCUGAUUUUCAGGUUCAGAGCGAUGUUCCCGAGAAUGUCAAGGCCUUCGCACGAGCUUUGGAUGAUGCAGAGCUGGAAGGGCAAAUUCUCAGAACGGAAACGGGCAGUUUCAAGUUAGAACAGGACUCUGAAAUUUGGGACGAAAAGCAGUUCUACGUGCGGGACUGCUACAAAGAGAUUGCCGACAUCAUGUUGAAGAAAAAACCUCAUAGGAUGUCUUUGCUGGGCUCGUCUGGGAUCGGCAAGUCCAAUUUUAUGGUAUAUUUAAUCUGGCGUCGCUUCCAAGACAGUGAACUUAAAGACUUCCCAGUUUUUCUGCACCGCGACAACGUCAUCCAUCGGUUUAAGAAGGGCGAAGAGCCAAAGAAGGUCGAUGCCGAUACUUUGUAUUCAGCCCCUGCACAAGCUUUGUAUAUCAUGGAUGCCGACAUUGAUGUGAAGCAUGGGGUCUUUUGCCAGUCUUUGUGGAUUACCUCUGCGCGGAGGCCCGAGACAGCGGCUUCCAACACGGAACAUUUCAAGCAAGCCGAGCGCUUUUCUGGGCAGUUCUUUAUGCCACCAUGGACGUUGACGGAGAUGCUGAGUGCAGAGGUCAUGGCCUUACACAAGCUGAAUGAGGAGGUUGUCAAGGAACGCUUCGGCAUCUUUGGUGGCACUGCGAGGCUUGUUUUGGAGAGGGACGAGACAAGGGCAGGCGUCGACCGAAGAAGGCUCGUAGAGGCCGUGCAGUCAGCAGAUGCGAUGCAAUGCCUUAAAGUAUCGUCUGACAUGAAAGCCAUAAGCAAGAGGACGCACUUGCUGGUGAAGAUGAUGCCAUGGCCAGACUUCAGCUGGUUUGAUGUGCAGUUGUCGUCUCCCUAUGUUCGGCAAGAGCUGGUGAAGCAAAACAGACAGGACAACUCCGAAGAACUUUGGAAAAGGAUGCGGGAAGGAAUGAUUACUGGCAUCGGUUUUGCAUUGUUUGAGGAAGAGUUCCACCAGUUCAUGCAGGACAAGUCCAUCGGCAAGUUCAAGCUCCGAGCCAGAUGCUUGACAGCUGACGGGAAGGGGUCUGACACAACACAGGAACUCCAAGGUGGUCUUGCAGGAGUGCUGAUUUCGGGCAAUCCCGCAGCAGACAUCAAGGAUGGCGAAUACUACCAGCCGCAGAGCAAAAACUUUCCUGCCUUUGACUCAUGGACCUCACAGGGCGUUUUUCAGCUGACGAUUGCCGAUACACAUGACAUCACCUUCAAUGACGGUGGCAAGGCAAUGGACGUGACGAAGACGCAGGCGUAUAAGAUUGUGGAUGCACUUUGCAAGAAGCAUGACAGCAAAGCCAAAUUCUUCUUUGUCGUUCCGCAGUUUCAGUUUGAUAAGUGGAAGACUGUGCAGACAGUGAAACAGCCAGAGAUGGCUGAGAAGAUUGAGCAAUGGGUUGUGUGCUUUGAACAGAACCUUCCGAAGAUUCUUGUGACAGCUUGGAAUGCAAUCUCCAAGGACAUUGCCAACAGGACCCUGUUGCACGAGUCAUUGAUUGAAGCCGCUCUCCAAGAUGCAGUUCGUGAUUGCACGUUUUGCGUCUCGAUUGCUGAUCCCCGGCGGGAAGAUUGCCCGCUGAUCGCUGUCUCCGACGAGUUCCUGACGAUGACCGGAUACCUCAGGGAGGAGGUCGUAGGCAAGAACUGCAGAUUUCUCAAUCGCAACUGCUACUUGGAACCGAGCACCUUCAAUGGCUUACGUCAAGCCUGCAAUACAGGUGAUGCGUUCACAGGUGUUCUUCUGAAUCGAAGAAAGUCAGGCGACCUAUUCAUGAAUUUCGUCAACCUGCAAGGGCUUGUGAUUGCCAAGAACUCUCGAGGCGAUCCUCUGUGGUUUGUCAUUGGCAUCCAAGCCGAUGUGACCCACGUUUGCUUGGAGAAAGCACCUGAGCAACUGCCAAGAUUACACGAGGUGGCCCAGGUCAUCCGACAGAAGCUGACAUCAGAACUUACCACCAUGGCAAUGUCCAGUGCUAUGAUUGCAGAGCAAACCAUGGGGCAGUCUGUAACUUCUUCUUGGUGGCUUUUGCCAGACCCGACUGUCACUCUUUCAGAUAGUCGAGCCUUCUCGCGACAAAAGACAAUCAUUGACACAGUCAUAGAGUCAAACCACACUGAAGCUGAUGACUGUGAUGCGUUGAAUGCUGCAUCGCAUGUUCAGCUGGGCAUGAAAAGCACAAGUGCAAGGCUGUCAAGCUUUGCUCGCCAACAGAGUCAGCAAGUAGAUUCUUUGGUUCCAAGCGCCAUCCACACGGGGGACCUCGAUGAGGUGAUGCAGGCAGCCAUUCGAGACUGCAAUUUUUGCGUCAGCAUCGCAGACCCGCGAGCUGCUGACUGCCCGUUGGUGGCUGUGUCGGACCAGUUUGAAGUGUUGACGGGUUAUGCCCGUGAGGAAAUAAUUGGAAAGAACUGCCGCUUCCUCAACCAGAAUUGUCCGCUAGGAGCGGGUGACCAGAGGGCAUUGCGAGAGGCAUGCUUGAACGGUUCACCUUUCUGCAAGGUCAUUGUAAACCGAAGGAAGUCUGGAGACCUCUUCUUGAACUUCCUAGAUCUCCGUGGAGUCACUGUCGCAAGAAACAUCAAAACAAGGGAAGAGCUGUGGUUCCUGGUGGGCAUCCAAGCAGAUGUCACGAAUCUUGAGGAAGCUCUCCCAGAGGACCACCUGAAGAAGAUUCAGGAGGUGGCAUCCGGUAUUCGCGCGCGCAUUGCUGACCAGCUCUCGCUGAUGGCAUUGGCUGGAAGCUUUGCUGCCGGAUGUUUGAGUAACGCAGGGGACGAGGUGCUGUGGGUCCCAGUGAAUUCUCCGCACUGGAUUCAAGGCAAAGAGAAAGGGCAGGCCUCAGGGCAACUGCAUUGGUACCCCGAGGUGACGACGUCCAGCCAGGUGUCUCCGAACAAACAAAGUUCCACACACAGGAAAGCUGCAGAGUUGGCCAUGGAACUUGGAGGUUUCUCAGGUUUCCUUUCCAGCACCAUUUGGGUGCUUCCGCAUUUGCUUGAAUCGCUGCUGCGCUGGAGAGAGAGGUUUUCUGGGAAUUCUUGGCUGCUAACUGCUGGUAUUGGCACCUUGGUCUUGUUGGAGAUCAUCAGAACACCAACUUGGUCCGGUUUGGUGCGCUCAACGAGUCCAAUACUUAUGAAGCUCGAGUGAGUCCACCAUGAAAUGUGGGUGUAGCUGUGUAGGCUACAACAUCCACUCCAAAAAUUAUUCGAAAUGAAGACUGGCCAGUCCAUUCUUCGCUUGUUUGCCAGUUUCAUCAAUUCCUCCAUCAGUGGCUGAUGUCAUCAGUGGCCGGUCCUCAAUAAACAUCAACUGAAGCAGCAUUGCGAACAAACUGCAAUGGGCUCAUCGAUUCUUUUUGAAGUCUGUACUGUACACAAUUGAGCAGGGCCCCACCCUUCUG